AUGCGCCGCCAUCUGCUGAGCGGGGCCUGGCGACUUUCGGAUUUUGUGAUACAGCCUUCGCCAAUAAUCCCAAAGGCCAGCCAUUCUUGUGUUUUUGCACUGCGAAGAUACCCUUUUGCUGCUGCUGCUGCUCCCUCCUGGCUUUCUCGUCCUCUCGUCGUUGCUACCCCGCCUCGCUCUGCCCGCCGCUCUUGUCGGAACGCGCUGUAUAGCACCAUGGCGACCACUCUUCCUGAGGGCCAGUCACUCCCUGCUGUCGAGGGAUUGAGUCUUCAUUCCACCGCCGAGCAGUCCAAGUUCCCCGGCUGCUAUCCCUCGCUGAACCCGGUCGAUAUUUACCGCCAGCACAUUGCGGAAACUUUUGCCAGCAUUGCGGAUGUCGAUCCAAAGGUGGUGUAUACAAAGCUAGCAUGGACCAAUUCUCUGGACAAGGGUGAUUUGAACCUUGCGGUGCCUGCUCUCCAAAUCAAGGGACGAAAGCCCAACGAAUUGUGCACCGAGUUCGUGGAGAAAUUCCCCGCCACAGACCUGAUUGAAAAGCCCGUCGCUUUCGGCGUUCACAUCCAGUUCUUCUUCAAGGCAGGUCCCCUGACGAAGACGGUCCUCCACCAGAUUCUGGAAAGCAAAGCUGCAUAUGGAACAAACGGCAACCUGGGUCUGCAUGACCCUGCCGACGCUUCCAAGGGACGGAAGAAGAUGAUUAUUGAGUUUUCGUCGCCAAACAUCGCCAAACCCUUCCAUGCUGGCCACUUGCGCAGUACAAUUAUCGGUGGUUUCCUCUCCAACCUUUACACGGUCGCUGGAUGGGAGGUGAUUAAAAUGAACUACUUGGGUGACUGGGGAAAACAAUAUGGCCUUCUCGCCAACGGAUUGAAACUCUACGGAAACGAAGAAGCCCUUCUUAAGGAUCCCAUCAACCACUUGUUCGACGUUUACGUCAAGAUCAACCAGGACAUGGCCGUCCAGGAAGGUCCUAUUAAAGAGCUAAAAGAAACCAUCAAGGCCAAAAAAGAAAAGAAUGAAGAUGUCUCUGCGGAGGAAACAAAGCUCCAGCAACUAGUUGACGAAAGCGAGGAUGAAAAGGCUCGUCGUUACUUUAAGAGUAUGGAAGAUGGAGACCCAGAAGCCCUUGCUCUCUGGCGACGAUGCCGUGACCUCAGUAUUGUCAAAUACAAGCAAACGUACGCUCGCCUUAACAUCGACUUUGACGUUUAUUCUGGCGAGUCCCAAGUUCUGCCAGAGAGUCUCCAGAGGGCAUACGACUCGAUGCAGAAGAGUGGUGCGUCGGAGGACUCGGAUGGAGCCGUCAUUGUUGACUUUACCAAACACGGAGCUAAGAAGCUCGGCAAGGCCAUUGUCGUCCGAAAGGACGGUACUCCCUUGUACCUUACCCGAGACAUUGGUGCCAUUGUGGAGCGUUACGAAAAGUACCACUUUGACAAGAUGAUAUACGUCGUUGCCUCCCAGCAAGACUUGCACUUGGCACAGCUAUUCAAGGUCACCGAGAUUUCGGGCCACAAGGAAAUUGCAGACAAAUGCCAGCACAUCAACUUUGGUAUGGUUCGCGGUAUGAGCACUCGCAAGGGAACCGUCAAGUUCUUGGAUGAUAUCCUGCGCGAUGUGGGAGACAAGAUGCACGAGGUCAUGAAGAAGAACGAAGCCAAAUAUGAGCAAGUCGAGGACCCUCACAAGACUGCCGACACGCUUGGUAUUACGGCUGUCAUGGUCCAGGACAUGUCAGGAAAACGUGUAAACGGAUACGACUUUAACCUGGAAGCCAUGACUUCUUUUGAAGGCGACACCGGUCCUUACCUCCAAUACGCGCAUGCCCGUCUCUGCUCCAUUAUUCGCAAAUCGGGCAUUGAUUUGGAGAAACUGCCAGAGGCUGAUCUGUCCAUUCUCACCGAAACGCACGCCAUCGACCUCGCCCGGUAUCUCGCCCAGUGGCCUGACGUCGUUAUCAACACGUACAAGACCCUUGAGCCAACUACUGUGCUCACCUAUCUGUUCCGCAUGACGCAUAUGCUUAGCUCGAGUUAUGAAGUUUUGCGUGUUGUCGGCCGUGAUGAAAAGACGGCUAAUGCCCGCAUGGCCCUGUAUGCCGCCGCCCGACAGGUGUUGUACAACGGCAUGAAGUUGCUGGGCUUGAGCCCUGUUGACCGGUAUGUUCUUGUCUUUUUUUUUGCUUGCACAGACUUGCUAACAUCAGAUGCAGGAUCCUCACGGCCAUAUGCCUACAUUGCCAAAUCAGCGACCAACCCGGCUGACGGAUUCGACGAAAUCGGGUAUCCGAAAAUCGCCAAUGCAAUCAACCGAGUCUCGUGGUGGCUUGUUAACGAAGCCGGGCUUGCGGAGGGAGAUACAUUUGCGUAUAUGGGGCCGAGUGAUUUGAGAUAUAUUGCUUUUACGAUUGCGGCGCUGAAGACAGGGAGGAAGAUAUUACUGCCAUCUUUAAGGAAUACAAACGAGGCCCAGCAGAUUCUGUUUGAGCGCACCGGCUGCCAGCUUGUUAUAUACGCUAUUGAGGUGGAAAAGAGUCUACUGUCGUUAUUUUCGUUUGUUCCCGGAAUAAAAACAAUACUCGUUCCCGGAUAUGACACCAUUAUGGAUGAAACCACGAAAGCCACGCAUUAUCCUGCUAGAGAAAUACCAGAUGAAAAAUACACCGAUCCAAUUCUUCUGCUACAUACCUCCGGAUCGUCAGGGAAACAUCUGACGAAGGAAAAAUCACUAGGAAACCCUAAGCCCGUCGGACAUAGCCCGGAAGUAAUGCUCCGUUUCUUCGCAGCCGAUGCGGUACCGACAGAGGAGGGGAUUCACACCAGUGUUUUCGCAUAUACAAGGGAGAAUUACCUGCAUACUCUCCCGCCGUUUCAUUCUGCUGGGUGUUAUCUGAGCUUGGUAACUCCACAGUUCGACGCAACGGUGGUUCUACCCCAUCACAAUGCAGCCAUGACAAAGGACUACAUGACGGGUCUGCUACAGCAAAACGUGAUAACGGUGCUCUGCACGGCGCCGUCGAUACUGAACGACAUGUCCAAGACAGAGACAGGCAUCGAAGUGCUAUCCAAGCUCAACCACGUCUCUUAUGGUGGCGGACCACUCCCCGAACAGGCAGGCAAGAUUCUGUCUUCUCGGCUCAAGCACCUUUGGAGCAUGAUUGGAUCCACUGAGAAUGGGUUUUAUAGCACCAUUCCCGGUGAUAGCAGCAAAUGGGACUGUAUAAAAUUCAACACCAAGGUCGGGUAUCGAUUCGAUGAGAUCUCGCCGGGGAUCUUUGAGCUGGUUAUUCCAUUUAAUUCAACAACUCGCAAAUAUCAUGGCUCAGUUUUGCUUUUUCCUGAAAUGAAAGAAUACUCAACCAAGGACUUGUGGAUGAAACCCGACGGAGAAGACAGUCAAGGCUGGUGGCGAUAUGUCGGCAGGCGCGAUGACCUGAUUGUUCUCUCGAACGGUGAAAAGAUCAAUCCACGUCCACUAGAAGACACAAUCGGCAACCAUCCGGCUGUCAAAGGUGUUCUGGUUGUCGGCGAGUACCGUUUUCUGCCGAGUCUUUUGGUCGAGUUACAGGAUGGAUACUCUGUCACCACUAAAGAAGAACGUGAGACGAUGGUGGAUCUACUUUGGGAUACCAUCAGCCAAGCCAAUCUCCAGGCCCCACGGUUUUCUCGCGUGCCAAAAUCUCUCGUCUACAUUAUUUCGUCCACAGAAGCAUUUAAUCGUGCUGGGAAAGGGACAAUCCAACGACAGUCCACCGUACAAAAGUUCGCUGCCCAGGUUGAUGAACUAUACUCGUCAGCAGAAGAGGGACUACUAGCCGAUGGCUUGGAACUGAGUGAUCCGUCGGAUUUAACGUGUAUCCUGAACAUGGUUAAAGGUCUAUACUCGCAAGUUCUUGAGGCCGAUAAAUUGGGAGACGAUGAUGACAUCUUCGAACUUGGCAUGGAUUCACUACAGGUCACAAUUGUGGUACAGCGAUUAAAGGCCGUCUUGAGGACAUGUAAAUUGAAUCUUGAUUACGACAAGAUCAACCCUCAGGUGAUCUACAGCUCGGUAUCAAUCCGCGGGCUUGCUCACGCCAUGGAUACUAUUAUAAAUGCUCAUAAAGGAGAGAAUGGUGUGCAUACAUGCGCUACUACUGUCAUAAAGGAACGCAAUGCCCGUCUACAAACGACAAUUGACAAGUAUUCGACAGGACUUGACGCGACACUACCGGCAAAGAAGGUACAACAAGACAACUUGACGGUCAUUUUGACUGGGUCAACGGGCUCCCUAGGAAGCUACCUUUUGCAUUUCCUUUUACUUAACCCACGAGUGGCCAAGGUUGUCUGCCUCAAUCGAUCCGUUGAUGCCGAAGCAAGACAAACAGCGGGCAACAAAUCAAGAGACCUCCCUAUCCUAUGGAUAGCACCGGAUAUGCCUAAACAAGUCGAGUUUUUUACCGCGGAUAUGUCAAAGGCGGAUCUCGGUUUGGGAGAGUCCGUGUACACCCGGCUUUUAUCAGAAACUAAUGCAAUAAUACACUCCGCGUGGAAGGUCGACUUCAACCACAGGAUCGAAUCAUUCGAGAAAGGCCAUAUUGCAGGCACACGGCACCUUGUUGACUUUAGCAAUAAGUGUGUCCAUAAAGCGCCAAUAUUGUUUGUUUCUAGUAUCUCCACUAUCCUAAACUGGAUAAAUGAGAAUCCAGGACAGCUGGUACCAGAGGCUAUGAUCCAUGAUCUCGCAGCCCCGGAGCUCAUGGGGUAUGGAGAGUCUAAAUAUGUUGGCGAGCGGUUGAUAGAGUCCUUUAACAGGUUCUCUGGUACUCCGUGCGCCGUUUUACGAGUUGGUCAGAUCGCCGGCCCGGUGCUUUCAACAGCUGGUAGUUGGAAUGCACACGAGUGGUUCCCUAGUUUACUGGCUAGUUCGAAGUAUUUGGGACUGUUGCCAGACUCUCUUGGGGCAAUGAAUACCGUUAGUUGGGUGCCGGUCGACAUUCUGGCAAAGGUCAUCGUGCAGCUUAUGGACGUUACCUAUGAGCUUAUCAGCGAGACAGGGAAGUCAUCAAUUAAAGAGCCAGCAGUUUAUAACCUUGUCAAUCCACAAAUUUCGGUCUGGUCUGAUCUCAUAAAAACUGUACAAGAGGGCAUAGGAGGACCGUCGAAUAUCCAAGUGGUUUCGUUUGGCGAGUGGGUAGAAGCGUUGGCGAGAAGUACCAACGAUAACCAUGGAUUCGUGGUCGAGACAAACCCGGCAACGAAAUUGCUCGACUUUUUCCGGCUGAUCUCGAGAAAUAGUCACCAGUUGACACCUGAGAAAGGAAAUGAAAAGCUAGAGUACGAAGUCGAGAGAUUGAAGAAAGAUAGCUCGGAAGCUGCCCAACUCGGCCCUGUCUCGCCCGAAUGGGUGAAAAUAUGGCUCAAGCAGUGGGCUUUUUAA